UUGAUCCAGAAACGAGUCUGGGAAUUUCAUCAAACACCUGUUACCGUUGCCUACAACCCGUCCAUCUUACUAAUUUCAGCCCCUCCCACUCCAGCGCCGUCCUCGGCAACAACCAGGGGCCCUCGUUUCCUACGACCGGCUGUAGAGCUUCACUCCAAUCAAAGGAAUAGCAUACUUGAGAACCUCCUUCAGACUUCAUCAUCUAUGUGAAAAUCCACCUUGUUCUUAACAUGUUCGCUAUACCCAGAAAUCAACUUCAACACCAUUACUGCAAUAAGAACCCUAUCUAUAGUGGUUUCUACUUAGCCGUAUCACAGACUCACGUUUCUACCUCAACCACAGCCCAAAGGCACUCAAAUUCAGCCUGUUCUUCCAAUUCCACAACAGCCCUCUUUCGGUUUCUCGGCAAAGAACCCAGAAAUGCAAUCUUUUGUAGACACUCGAUGGUUGCUUUGUAUUCUUCAAGAACGUAUAGAGGGCCCAUAUCAAGAUCUUUGAGAAGGAGAAUCAGCAAAAGGGCCAAAGCUGCGGCGAAACCUGUUUUAGAUCAAACACUUUUUCAAAGAGCUACAUCCCAGCUUCCGCCUAGAUUCACACAUGAAGAGCUUCACAAUGUAAUAGCUUUACAAGACGAUCCCUUAGUUUGUUUGGAGCUUUUCAAUUGGGCUUCCCAACAGCACAGGUUUAGGCACAAUGUGCUGACAUAUCACAUUACUAUCAAGAAACUUGGUGCCGCUAAAAUGUACAAGGAGAUGGAUGACGUUGUGAAUCAGGUGCUAGCUGUUCCUUCUGUUGCUUCUGAGGCUCUUUAUAAUACCAUGAUAUAUUAUUUUACUGAAGCUAGGAAAUUGAUUAGGGCUGUUAAUAUAUAUAACCAAAUGAGGAGUUCUAGGAAAUUGGAUUGCAGGCCGUCGAUAAGAACUUAUAACAUACUAUUUGCGGCACUUCUGAGUCGGGGAAAGAAUUCAUAUGUUAAUCACGUGUACAUGGAGACUGUAAGAUGCUUGUUCAAGCAAAUGGUUGAUGAUGGUGUCGAGCCUGAUAUUUUCUGCUUGAAUUCUAUGAUCAAAGGAUAUGUGCUUUCGCUUCAUGUGAAUGAUGCCCUAAGAAUUUUUCAUCAGAUGGGAACGGUUUAUAAUUGCCAGCCCAACUCCUAUUCAUAUGAUUAUUUGAUCCAUGGGCUGUGUGCCCAAGGCCGAACAAGAAAUGCAAGAGAGCUUUGUGAUAGAAUGAAGAGAAGUGGAUUUGUGCCAAGCAGCAAAUCGUAUAACUCACUUGUGAACUCUUUGGCUCUUGAAGGGGAGAUAGAUGAAGCAGUGAAGUUCUUGUGGGAGAUGGCUGAAAACCAAAGAUUAGCUGACUUCAUCACAUAUCGCACCGUGCUGGAUGAAAUUUCCCGGCAAAAGAGGAUUGGAGAUGCUUUGAGGUUGCUGGAGGUGUUUCAAGAGAAGAACCUUGUUGAUCGGCAUAUGUACGGAAAGCUUUUGUAUGAACUGGAAGAUACUUCUAGGGGUCCUAACAUCAGAAGUUGAUUCAGCAUAACAAACAGGAAGACUUGAGAGUUUGCGUGCGUCGGUUUUGCAUAUUCAUAAGCAGUGGCAGGAUCUCAACUCUGUCAAUAUCAACAGGAUCCAGAACGUGGCGGAAAUAAAGGUUCUACAUACCCAGAGCUGAUUGUUGUCCUUGCCAUGUUGAUAAAUAGUUGCAGCACCUUAGGCAGAGCAGAUGAUUUGAAGAAGCCAAAUAUUUUCAUAGAGGACACUGAUUCAAAAUCUGUAGAAGGAGAUCUUGCUAGCAAAUGACAAAUCUGCAUUGGUUCACUUCUUGCUGGAUUUCAUUCCUUUGGAGAGAUUUUCAGUGACAAUGCUUAUGUGAUAGUCAAAUAAUGUUUCAUUUGACUUGUUAAUAUUUUCUUGAUGUCUUAUGGCAAAGGUAUUACUACUUUAGCUUGUAAUCUUACAAUCGAUUUUUUUUUUUUUUUAAGUUGUGUUUGUCAUAAUUGGCAUAAUUUUGUACCGUCUUAUUCUGUAAGAGGUAACAUAGCACCCAUACACUUAAAAAUGAGGUGUUUAAUUUCUUAAAAAUAAGCAAAUUACUGUGCAAUUCAGUUGUUGUACACAAGUUGUUACUAUCCAUUUUGCACCCAACUAAAUUUGCUAUUUGUUUUUUUAGUCGAAACAACAUUACUAAGUGUUUCAAUUCUUGUAUAACUAUUUGUUUGAGAAUUUUUUCUACAAUAUUGUGAUUUUGAAUAUUUUAUAAUCAAACAUUUGGUUUUCAGGAUGCUGCCUUGAAAGAUAAUUGUUUCCAACAAUUUUCACUCAAAUGUGGAAGCAUGAAAAUUCAUACAAUAUGGUUGAGAGAACAAGAAGCUUGGGAGAAAAAUCUGUGUAUAUUGAAUUAAGUAACAGAGUACAUCUUCCUCCUGGCUUAAAUACACGCGGCAAUUAAGAAGAAAAGAACCGCCAUAACAAACUAACCCAAAUGCCAGUUGGAGCAAACAGCAGCUGACCAGGAAAGACAAAACGCUAGCCACUAAAAACGUACUGUGUGAACUGCCUUCAUCCAAACUAUGUAAUCCCAGUGAAUGAUGCCUGAUACGUGAGCUCUGUUCCUGAGAACCAUGAUCUCCAACAAAAUGAGCUGAUAUGGGAGCUUCUGCUUGUGAUCUGCUUAUCUGACAUGUAUUUUAUAACUACAGACGUUCAUGGAAUGCGAUAUAAACCAUUCUUUGUGUAUUUGCAGGUUCACAAUUAGACUAAACACAGCUAGAGGGUCUUGAGCAUUUCCGCAGUUCUGUGGUAUCGUUUUUGCCCACUCCUAAAAGAAAUUAAAUAAUUUUGUAACCUAAAUAUAUUAGUUAGACAUCAAAAUACUUGAAAGUAUUUUAGUAGAAAUAAGAAUUUGUAAGUUUUUAAAAUUAAAUACACAAUUUUGUUUCUAAAUGUAACUAGCUAUAUCAUUUCUAAAUAAAUAUAAUAUAAGAAUAUAAUUCCGUGAAUAUUAUUAUAAACUAGUAUGAUUCCAUGUUUAUCAAAUGGGGAAACAGGUCAUAAAGCAGGUUUGGGUUCAGAAGGAAACCAAGAUAAGCAAAUAAAAGAAACUAGUUUGCCGCAUCAUUGUAAACUUAAUAGAAUCCAUUCAAAUAUAAUUUAACAUAACAUGUACCAAUGCCGUAAAUCUCGCCACCGCCUAUCAAGUAC